AUGAAAAAAUCAAAACAAAUUCCCCCGGCUCUGCGGGGAUCGGCGGGGUCUGGGGGCUCCGGCCGCAGCCGGAGCAGGAGCGGCAGCGUCGGGCUCGGCCCCAGCGCCCGUCCCGGAGCGGCUCCUCCCGCCCGCGGCGAGCCCGGUCCCCAUCCCAGCACCAAUCCCGCCCCUGUCCUCCGGCCCCGGGACCCCAGCGGACACGGGCAGGACCCGGACCCGAAGCCUCGGUCCCAUUGCCGGUCCCAGCCCCGGUUCGGCCCAGGUGUGAGGGGCGGGAACGCGAGCGAUGGGCCCGGCCCCAUUCCGGACACGGCGGAGCUCCGUGAGGCGGGCCCGGGGCUCAGCCCGGGGUGGGGCCGGGGCGGGGCCGUAGCUUCAGGGGCGGGGCCGGCUCAGGAGGGGGUCCGGGGGGGGGUUGAACGGGGCGGUCAGGGAGAGCCCCCUCCAGAGGAGGGUGUUGCGGUGGGCCCCCUCGCCCGGACCCCCUCCUCCGGACCGGGGGGUGGGGGAGGGAAGCAGAGGGUGUCACGUAACUGCAGCGUGAGCACACUUAGGGAAAUCGCCAAACGAACAGCCCCUGCCGCCACGGGGCGCCGCCUGGCGGACACGGAGCGGCGGCGCGAGCGCAGCGCCCCCCGGCGGCAGCAGCGCGCUCCGGUGCGGUCCCGGCUCCGCAGCGCCCCGGGGAUGCGGAGCCCCCCCCCCCCCGGCCCCGAAGCCCCGAGGGCACCGCACCCCCCUGGGCAGAGCAGCGUCCUCCUACUCCUCUCCCGUGCCCGAACCCCCGUGGGCUCCCGCCCGCCGCGCCCCCGCCGAACGAGCGGGGCUGGAUCGCCGCGGGCGGGAGGAGCCGCUCCGAGGCAGGCGCUGGGGCCGAGUCCGGACUGCGCCCGGUGCGGGACCGGGACCCCGCCGGGGCUCGGUCCUCCUCCAGCCGCUCAUCCGACACCUGCUGGGAGAUUCUGAGUUGGAAAGAGGCACGAGGAUCAUCAAGUCAAAUGGUGAUAAGUCAUUGGCCCACGUGGGGAUUGAAUUCAGAAUCC